UGGAUAAUUUUCAAGUUGACAGUUUCUGCAAUAUGGCUGACUGGACGGCUGUAAAGGAACAAGCAGAUGAUCUGAUUGCAUUAUAUACGUCUCGGACAAGUUCACAGAUUAGAAUGAAAGACAAUCAUGAAUCACAAAUAUGGUUUCCCCAAACACCUGGACAUUCAGAUGGAGAAGCCACAUUCUGUACUUCGGAGAAUUUACAGAGUUGUCUCACCUUCCUUGAUCAGGAACUCCAGGUGAUUGGGUUUGCUUCCUUCCAGCCAGAGGCCGGUGUUGCCGUGUCAACAGUUGCCUUGGUGAACAGAUUGUAUGAUAUUCUCAGACUAUACCAGAGAAGCAACAGAUUAAAAGAAGAGCUAGAAAAUAGAUUACACAGAUGUAAUACAGAGCGAGAUCACUACAUAUCCACCAAUGCUAGGUUGAAGAGGGAGAAUGAGGCCGUGGAGAAGAACCUGGCUCGACAAGAGGAGAAACAUAGACAACUGACUCUCAAACACAAAACGCUCACUGCCAAACACAAGACAGACAAAGAAGAGGUGAAGCGCCUACAGUCUGUGCUUCAGCAGAAAGAUGUCCAGGCUCGACAUGAGAUGAAGAAACAGGAGAAGGAAGCCAUCAAACUGAAGGAUCGGCUGCAUCAACUUCUGGCAGAUAAAAAUCCAGCUCGUAAAAUAGGUAUGAGUAUGAUGAAUGUGCUUCAGAGAGCAGACGGUCAGCGAGCCACGUGGCAGAACUCAGGACACAAGAAGGAGGAAGAGAUGUACCAGCUGGUUAUUGACAACUAUGAGGGCAAGCAGAAAGAGCUGAUGGUAGAGAACAACGAUCUCCGCCAGUGUGUGAAGCACAUGCAUCGAGAACUGGCUUCUGUCCUAGACAGAACUUCCAAGUCUCAGCCCAGCCCUCCACCUGAAGCAGAGUUGUCCCAUGAUGCCUUGUCAUCCUCAUCAUCGGAGGAGGAAAUUGACGACGUCAGCUCUGUUGUAUCUUCACGCAUGACAGUUGAUGACCUUGAGUUGUCAGAGGGUCAUUACCAAAUGCCCUAUGACAUUGUCCGAACAGAUUUUGAGAAACAAUUCAAAACAGUAUGCAAGAAAAUACGAAAGAAAAUGAAGAAAAGCGCAGACAUUACUCCUGCUUCAGUGAACAAGAGUAGCAUCCUGCCCACGGUGAGCAAGGCCGAGACAGAUCGGACAAGUGAGGAACUGGAGAGACUGAACUGUCAGAUGAACAAGUACAAGCAGAUCAUCAAACAGCAGGAGGAGCUCAUUCAGCAAUCGAUCCAGUCCCAGACCAAGUCAGUACAGAGUACAUUCCUACAUGAGACUCAGCUCCUGGAUGAGAAGGAAUGUCUGUCAGAACAGAAGAAAUUAUUCUAUCAGGAGAAAGCCAACUUUGAGGAGGAGAGGCGCAAGUUCACAGAGGCAGCAAUUAAACUGGGCAGGGAGAGACAAGCAAUUCAGAAUGAAAGGUCCAAUUUGCUUUUGAAACAGUUUUUCAACCUUACUCCAUUUAAGGAAGCAGCAAGCCCUAGGCCAAAGAAAGAGGGUGCCCGCCUCCUCCCUGCCACACCUUUCUUCUCCCCUGCACCGGGGGGUAAGCCCAAAACUCCGUCCACGACAGACUUCUACAGAAGCCUUGGUAUUACUCCAGUGGUCAACAAAAGCUGUGGAGUGAGAAAAGCAGCAAGCACUGAAUCCGUCCGAACAACAGCAUCCAAGCGUUCAUCUGGCAGCACCCACAGCUCUCCAGCCUCCCUGCAACUCAUGUCCUCAGAUAACAUAGACUCCCUCAGGAUGAAGCUCUUCCAUAAGGCCAAUUCAACAGCUAAAGAUAUAGAGGAUGAAGCAUAGGUUGUCUCCCCUUGGCAGAAUCAACAUAUGAAAAACAGUGAUAGGAAAUGUACAUUAACGUUAGAAAUAUUUUCAUUGUCUGACGAUUAUAGAGCCAAACAUGUAACAGUACAAACUAUUAUGAAAAUGUUUCAUCUCUUGAUUAUAUUGACACAAAUGGCAAAUUAGUAUGGAUGAAUACUUAUGCAUCCUUGGACAAAGUCAACUGUCUUUCAUUCUUCUUUGACAGCAGUGUGAAUGUUGAAUAUUGACUAAAAAUCGGCAACCUGAAUUUUUUUCAGGAAGUGUAAAUACAAAUACUUAUCUGUAUAUGUGUUUAAUGGAGCUUGGUGCUAAUGGCUUUUUGUGUUUAUCAUGUGAACAAGAAGUAGCAAAUAUCUUUCCACUUUUUGAAUGACUUUGCUAGACAGCUCUGUGAUGCCAAUUCAGGAAUAUAUAAGAUAUAUCUAACCACCUUUCCAUGUCCUUACCAUUCCAUGAGUGACUACAUGGUAUCUGCCUUGAACCACGUAAGUUCUUAUAUCGGCAGCAUGCACUAACAUCCUACAAGCCCUGUUUUACAAUAUUUGGACUAAUCUCGUUUGGAAAUUGUGAAUUGUAAAUAGAAUGUUUAUGUGGUGCCUAUACAAAAGUUUUGUAGUGCGAUCUUGUCUGUUGGAUAUUUACAACUUUAGCAUUGACACAAGCAGUUGACAGUGAUAUGCGAUUAACAAGCUGAUGUAUUUUAGUUUGUAUUGAAUUUGUAUUUGUUAUUUCUGUCACAUAUCAAGUAUUUUGUAUCGUGGUGCCAAUGUCAAGACUGAUAUAUAUUGUGUUUGACUGUUUGAUCUCACAGCUAUAAUCAGCUGAUUUGUGUGUGAAUUUGAUCAUUAUCAACCUGAUAACCUGUACAACUAUCCUCUGCUGAAGCUUAAUGAGGGUUGGGAUUUGCUGUUGGUUACCUUUAACUGAUAGUUGCCUCCCUUUGGCUUUGCAGGCUAAAAGUAAACCUGCUCCUUUAUGAUAUGUUACCCUGGUAACCACAUGCACAACAUGCCAAUCACUUUGCAGAGUUUGGGCAGGCCAGGAACUUAUUAUUGUGGCCUUGAUUUCAGGUCCAUCCACCCCCCAGUGUUACCACAUUCUCUUCCCCACACUCAAGUCAUAUCUUCCCCCGUAAAGUCUGUUCUAUUAUGGCCUGUUCAAGGUGCGAGUGUCCAGAAAUUGUGAUUGGUUGCAAGCAGAUUUAGUUGUGCGAUCAGCAACGUUGUUUCAAAAGUGAUCAUUC